CUGGGCAAUGAGUCAGUCGUCCGUGGUAGAAGAAUGGCCUUUGUGGCCGGAGGGGGCGCUUGAUGUCGGCUCUACACGCGGAGCUGUUUCCUGGGUGCAUGCAGCGUCACAGACGGGCCGUCCAGUACUAUGUGGCAGAGCGAGUGCGCGAGUGCAUGUGAGAGGCAGGGUUGGGGCAGAGUUUCGGAGCACGUUCAGUUGACAGGCGUCUACUCGAUUCCGACAACAACACAAGCGAAGACACGGAGCUGUCGCGAGAUACGUGCCUUUAACUGGAUUAAGCCGAGAAAAGCCGUUUUGGACGGACCGAGCUCAAGGCAGAUGAGCGCAGCCCGCGGGAGGGCAAGUGUGUUUCUGCGGCGGGGUCCAGUCAGCGAAAGAUGAACAAAAACCACCGAGUGCCGAGCAACCGAACUCUGAACGCCGUGGAGGUGAAGAGCAAGUUUGGAGCAGAAUUCAGGCGGUUCUCUUUGGACCAGUCCAAGCCGGGACGCUUUGAUGAGUUCUAUGGCUUGCUGCAGCAUGUGCACCGGAUCCCAAACGUCGAUCUGCUUGUGGGUUACGCCGAUGUACACGGGGACCUACUGCCAAUCAACAACGAUGACAACUACCAUAAAGCAAUUUCCAUGGCAGCGCCCCUGCUGCGUCUCUUCUUGCAGCGCAAAGAGGAGGCAGAUUAUUCAGCAUUCGGCACGGACACCGUGACCCGUAAGAAGACCCCGGCGGCACUCGCAGCUGUCCUCCUUCGCCCGGACGCCAACAAGAAGAAGCCUCUUAUUAUCAUCAGCCUGCCCAAAGAUUUCCGGCCAGUGUCCUCCAUCAUUGAUGUGGACAUCCUACCAGAGACACACCGCCGUGUCCGUCUCUACAAACAUGGUCAGGAGAAACCACUGGGCUUCUACAUUCGCGACGGUUUCAGCGUACGCGUUACACCCCAAGGCCUGGAAAAGGUCCCGGGCAUCUUCAUCUCCCGCAUGGUCCCUGGAGGCCUGGCUGAGAGCACGGGACUGCUGGCCGUCAACGACGAGGUGCUCGAAGUCAACGGCAUCGAGGUGAGCGGGAAGUCUUUGGACCAAGUAACGGACAUGAUGAUCGCUAACAGCCACAACCUCAUUAUAACCGUCAAACCGGCCAAUCAGCGCAAUAACGUGGUACGCAACAGUGGAAGCGGAGCCACAUCCGGCAGCUCAGGACGAUCAUCUGACAGCAGCACCAGUUUCUACGGUUACUCAACUCCUGGUUCGAUGGCGAUGACCCCGUCCCAUAUUAUCCAGAACUAUGAACCAGAUGAGGAGAGCGAGGAGGAGGAGGAUCUGGUCAUCGAGGCAGACGGAGGGGCUAAACUUAUUCUGCAGGCAGGGGCGCGGGCGACAGCCAGCACCAGCAUGCCCGCCCUGCCCAGGUACGAGCCCCACCUCGACCUCCGCCCCUCAAAUGGUACCAUGGCAAGCAGUGCAAGCGUGGGGUCUCUGAAUGCCCAUGACAGGGGUUUGGAAGGGCGAAAUCUAGAGGAGGACGGCACAGUCAUUACACUGUAAAGAUGCACACGCAGCAUAUAAUCACACACACAUGCCAGUACACACUAUUGUGUGCCAUAGGACUGAAAAUGCAUGUCUUUAUAUUUGGUCCAGGACCAAAAGAGAAGGCCAGUCACCACAGCACCUUACAGCACUUCUCUAAAACCGCAGGACCCCAGGUAGUUCCUAUCAUCAAACCCAUGGAGAGCAGCACAGCACCAAAAACAGCUGCUUCUUGAGUAAUAAUGAACAUCCUGAGUCAGUGUGAUUGAAUGAAUGCAGACGGCCGUCAGAUACUCGGCACCGUAUGAGUCAUGACAAUCGUUUUAUACUUUGACAACCACUCCCUUCCGAGCCACAAGACUCUAGCGUUAUCAGAGAACAAAGUACAAUGGAUUUUAUCCAUCCUCUGCGUUACCAUGGUAACUGAGUCUGAGCUACAGAACUUCAGAAGGAACUGAAAUAUGCUCUUCAUCCAUUCCCGUCUGCAACAUUAACACUCUCAGCUUCCCGAUUUUUUUGUGGUUUUCAGGGGAAUUGUGAACCUUUGUGGGGCUCGAGUGAAUGUUUAGGAUAUAUUUUCAUGUGAUCGGACAUUUCAGUACGGUUAUAGACUGCUGCCUUUGUUAAGAUGUCUAUUAUUAUCUCAAAUGUUUUUAAUCAUAGUCAAAAAGACAGAUGAUUAAUGUCAUAUUUUUCAUACUGAUAUGUUUUAUUUGCAUCACUUAUAUUUCCUUAUGACAAGGGCUAUCAUCCUGCUCUUUUUCUAACCUGUGGUUUAUUUUACCCAUUGAUCUUGACUUGAUAACCCUUUUUGGGCAUUUGGAAUACAUAAUCAUUAUCUGUAAUGUUUCGAAGGAGUGCUCUGAUGUGUACAUUUGGUUGUUUCAUUUAUGAAGAGUCUCUCUACUGUGAUACUUUUCAAUAAGGUUCAUUUAGUUUACAUUAGUUAAAAGGAUAAUUUAGCCAAAAGUUCAAAAUAAUCAAAUAUCAUUUACUCACACUCAUGUCAUUCUAGACCUGUGUGACUUUCUCUCUUCUAUGGAGUAUAAAAGAAGAAAUUUCCAUACAUGGAAAGUCAAUGGGGUCCAGUGUUUGUUUAGACCCCAGUGAUUUUCAUUGUAUGGGUAUAUAAUGAA